GUUCUCAUCUACUAGUACAACUAAUAAAUGGAACAUCAACUUGGAAUGGCCGUUUAGAAAUAUUACACAACGGAACACGGACCACAGUGUGUGGCGAUUAUUUUGGAAAAGAAGAGGCACAGGUAGCCUGCAAAAUGCUUGGUUUAGACAGUUCGCGGGCCAUGGCUGUGGGGUCAAGUCAGUACGGCGAAGGUUCAGGUCUGAUCCUCUUUGGCAACGUCACGUGCACAGGGAAGGAGUCGAGUUUUGAUGAGUGUCAACAUGAUGGAUUUUACGAGCGUGACUGCAACCACAGUGAUGAUGUCGGUAUCAUCUGUAAUAUCAAACCAUUACGACUUCGCUUGACGAGUGUUUUUCGAGACAGACCAGAGAUAAACCGUCUUGAGAUAGAACUGGAAACCCAGUGGAACUCACUUUGCAUCACUCGGAAUGCUGCCAAGGUUGUCUGUAGACAGCUCGGCUUAUCACAGCAUGCUGCAUUGUAUACGAAUGUAUCAAUGCAUAAAGAAAUUUUAUCUGAACACAACAACCACUCUAAACUGGAGAUAAAGUUUCUCUGCCUAGGGAAUGAGACAAGCCUUUUGGACUGCGACCUUUAUGGACAGAAGAAAGAUGUCGUUUGCGGAUUUCCUCCCAGUAUCAACUGUAAUGAGUCCUUACCUUAUCUUCGUAUCCUGUAUAAUGAGACUUCAUUCCCGCCACUUGAUGGAUCAAAUAUAACUCUAGAAUGUGAGAUCACACAGUCCGGGGAAUCAGAAGUUACCUACCUGUGGUUUGAGUAUUCCAGGAGACAUGUCCAGCGCUAUCAUGGGAAGUACCUAAUAUUUAAUGUUACUGGAGACCAUCAUGGACUUCGAGUGUACUGUGCAGCCAACUAUUGGUACAAUGGUCUCCGAUAUAAUAUUGCAAGUGACACAAUGAUAAUGACAGUUUGCUGUGUCCCGUCGAUAAGCAUGAAUGAUCAAGUACCGCCAUCCAUGUAUAUCCAUGACGACAAAGGUUAUCUAAAGUUUGAAAUGACAGCCUAUCCCAUCCCUCAAGUAACAGCCACUAUGUACCUUGGUCCAGUUCUGACUGAUGGUGUCAAAGGUGAAGAUACCAGCAACACGACACGUGUAAUAUGUGCUGAUGUUGGUCUGGCACGUGCAUCAGUGUCGUGUAACAUCACUGUCUCUAACAUAUCACAAGCUGCUGAUGGCUUCUACAAAAUCGUUUUCGACAACAAACUUGGGCAGCUGCCUUUUAUAUUCACAAUCAGGCGUCAAGAGCGCAGAGGAGAAAUACCAUCGGCAUUUUUGUUGACUUUUGUCGGCGCAUUUGCUGUUGGCAUUGUUAUCUUCACUUCUGUGACAGUCUACUGCGUCAAGCGUUGGACAGCAGCAGCAACUUCUAUAUACAGAAGGUAAAACACUUGUUGCUCAAAGGAUUGCCACAUCUAUACAGACUGGCAUUUUAGGAACCAGAUUAGGUAAGUAGUUCUCAUUUUUUUUCUCGUUUAAACUGUUUUGAUUUGACAGCUCUGACUUUUUAAUUCCAGCUAACAACAGUAUUCUUCUGAUAUAUUUAUUACAAACAUUUUUAUGCAGCUUCAGUAGUUAUAAUUCUCAUAUAUAUAUAUACAUUCGUACAAACGCUAAUGCGUGCAUUUAUACUCACUAUGCAAGACAGACAGAACAAUAUUUAAAACAGAAAAGAAGCACUGGUUCGUGUACUUAAAAAAAAAAAUAAUGAGGGAAAAAGUAAAAAUUGCUAAAUAUGAUAUUGUAAAAUGUUUCAGGUGAGAAAACGAAAACAACUAUCGUAGCCGGACAUCAAGAUGACUGAUAUGACGCACAUGUCAAUGAUUAGAAUAUUCUUUUCUGAGGUUCUUAGAAUCAUGUGUUACAUGUGUGAAUUGCUAACAUAUACUGUUUUGUUUUUAUUUUUACAAAUAGAGCACGGAAAUGUACAGAUUUUAUGAUAUUGUGAUAAGAGUAGAGGGUUAGAGUAACUUCAUGUUAGUAUAGUUGAUGUUGCUUAGUGUUCUUCUGCUUUUAUUUAAGGGAGGUAAGCACAUCAAAAUUGGAAGAAACAUGGAUACAUUUGCAUUUCUGUGGUUGUUUCCCUUUGGUUAUUUAUUAUAUUUAUUAUUCAUACUCAUCAAAUACAAAGAAAUUGCAAAUCAUAAAAUGUUGUUAGUAGUAGUAGUCUCAAACGGUUUUACAGACCUACUUUUGUUGUACUUGGCAACAAGGGAAAUGUGGUUAGUUAUGAUGCUUACAAAAGUGUAUGUAAGUCGAGUCGUUAGUUUGAAUGUGUGUAUGAAAGACCGGAGGCGGCCCGGUGGCGCAACGGUUAGCGCUGUUAGCGCCUGUCACCAAUACAGUGAAGGUUGGCUGCCCUGAGUUCAUUUCUC